GCGCGUGUGUGCAUUUGCACGGAUGUCACACCGUUGCGCAUUUCACAUGAUCUGAGUGCAAGGAGCUCGACAAGCAGUUGCGUAGAAGGCAUGCACGCACAAACAUCCAAGCACGGUUGUAUUUUUCGUUAAGACAUUAGCAGACUCCUGGUCGUAAAUAUCACGCGGACAAACGUUAUGUGGGCAUCAUUUCACGGCGCGUGCUGCUGGAAUCGCGACUAAACAACUCGAAUAAACUCUGAGCUUCACGUCCACGCAUCUCAAGGGGUUGAGCUGUUAAACAGCGCACCAUCCCCCGAGGAAACGACUGAAUCCAAAAAUAACAGGUCGCUGAGUUUUCUAGAGACAGAAUCGUUUAGCGCGUGCUUUUAGUUUGUUUUGCGCGUGCUGCUGCAGCAAACAUAUCGCGCACCGUUAGCUCAACAUCUCUCCGGCCUCGGAAGUUGAUUUGUUUUUGUCUUUUUAAUGCUUUUGGUCGGCUGAACACACAUUUUAAUCUAUUCUCUGGACGAAAUCACGAUUUAGGAUGCCAGAUCAAAUAUCGGUGUCGGAGUUUCUGUUGGAAACAACAGAGGAUUACAACUCUCCCACCACAUCCAGUUUUACCACCCGUCUGCAGAGCUGCAGGAAUACAGUCAGCGUCCUAGAGGAGGCUUUGGAUCAGGACAGAACUUCAUUACAGAAGGUCAAGAAGUCCAUCAAAGCCAUUUAUAACUCCAGCCAAGAUCAUAUUCAAAAUGAGGAGACGUACGCUCAGGCAUUGGAUAAAUUUGGCAGUAACUUCAUCAGUCAAGAUAAUCCAGAUCUAGGUGCGGCCUUCGUAAAAUUCUCUACUUUAACCAGAGAGCUCUCUGCCCUCCUCAAAAAUCUGCUCCAGAGCUUGAGUCAUAAUGUGAUCUUCACACUGGACUCACUGUUAAAAGGCGACCUCAAAGGCGUGAAGGGGGAUUUGAAAAAACCCUUUGACAAGGCCUGGAAGGACUAUGAAACUAAGUUUACCAAGAUUGAAAAGGAAAAGCGUGAACAUGCCAAGCAGCACGGCAUGAUCCGAACAGAGAUCACUGGGGCGGAGAUUGCCGAGGAGAUGGAGAAAGAGAGGUGGCUCUUCCAGCUACAGAUGUGUGAGUACCUGAUCAAAGUGAACGAGAUAAAGACUAAAAAAGGAGUUGACCUCCUUCAAAACCUGAUCAAAUAUUACCACGCACAGUGCAACUUUUUCCAAGACGGCUUAAAAACAGCAGAUAAACUCAAGCAAUACAUUGAGAAGUUAGCAGCUGAUCUUUACAAUAUAAAACAAACACAAGAUGAAGAGAAGAAGCAGCUCACAGCACUAAGGGAUCUUAUUAAAUCUUCUCUACAGCUGGACCAAAAAGAGCAGGACUCUCAGAGCAAACAGGGUGGCUACAGUAUGCACCAGCUACAGGGAAACAAAGAGUUUGGCAGUGAGAAGAAAGGAUAUCUGAUGAAGAAGAGUGACGGAUUGAGGAAGGUGUGGCAGAGGAGGAAGUGCUCGGUUAAAGGAGGCAUUCUUACCAUCUCUCAUGCCACUUCAAACAGACAGCCUGUCAAACUCAACCUGUUAACAUGUCAGGUCAAGCCCAGCACUGAGGACAGGAAGUGUUUCAACCUCAUUUCCCAUAAUCGCACAUAUCACUUCCAGGCCGAAGAUGAGCAGGAAUUUAUGAUAUGGAUCUCAGUGUUAACUAACAGUAAGGAGGAAGCGCUUAACAUGGCGUUCAGAGGAGAGCAGAGUGGAGGAGAUGACGGACUGGAAGAUCUCACCAAGGCCAUCAUAGACGAUGUGUUGCGGAUGUCCGGCAAUGAAGUGUGCUGUGACUGUGGGGCUUCAGACCCCAAAUGGCUGUCGACUAACCUCGGUAUCCUGACGUGCAUCGAGUGUUCAGGCAUUCACCGGGAGAUGGGCGUCCACAUCUCUCGCAUCCAAUCCAUGGAACUGGACAAACUGGGAACCUCUGAACUCUUGCUGGCCAAGAAUGUGGGGAACAGUAGUUUUAAUGAAAUAAUGGAAGGAAAUCUUCCUUGUCCGUCUCCUAAACCCACUCCUGCUAGUGACAUGACUGUUCGUAAGGAGUUUAUAAAUGCUAAGUAUGUCGAUCAUAAGUUCGCAAGAAAGACCUGCAGCUCCGCAGCAGCUAAGAUGAAUGAUCUGUAUGAAGCCGUCAGGUCACAGGACCUGCUAGCCCUCAUCCAGGUGUAUGCAGAGGGGGUGGAGCUUAUGGAACCACUACCUGACGGAGGACAGGAAGGAGGAGAAACAGCAUUGCACUACGCUGUGAGGACUGCUGACCACACCUCACUGCACCUGGUUGACUUCCUUGUCCAGAACAGUGGGAAUCUGGAUAAACAGACGGAAAAAGGAAACACGGCUCUGCACUACUGCUGCCUGUAUGAGAAACAUGAAUGCCUCAAACUUCUCCUGAGGGGUAAACCAGCUACAGACAUCACCAAUCAGAAUGGAGAGACGGCUCUGGAUGUGGCCAGACGGAUGAGGAUCGGCCAAUGUGAGGAAGCGCUGGUACAAGCCGCUGCAGGAAAGUUCAAUCUGAAAGUUCAUGUGGAAUAUGAAUGGAAUCUCAGACUGGAGGAACUGGAUGAGAGUGAUGAUGAUCUGGAUGACAAACCAAGUCCAAUAAAGAAGGAUCGUUCUCCUCGGCCACAGAGUUUCUGUCACUCAUACAGUCUCUCUCCUCAUGACAAGCUCUCUCUGCCUGGUUUUAUUGGCCAGCAUGAUAAGCAACGGCUCUCAUACACUGCACUCACCAAUCAGAUGUACAGCGUUUCCACCGAUUGCCCUUCCUCCCCGGUCUCGGAUGCCCCGCCUCUUCCCCCUAGGAAUGCAGGCAAAGCCCCUCCCUUGUCGAACCCGACCCCUUCCACCCUCACUCCUGCGUCUCAGAGCCCUGGUAGUGGCAGCUCCUCCACCCUGUCUAAGAAGAGGCCCCCACCCCCUCCCCCUGGACACAAACGCACGCUAUCUGACCCCCCUACCCCACUCCCAAACACUCUGCUCUGUAAAGGAAGCGAUUCAACACCGCCACCAGUCAACAAGAUUUCUCCUGUAACUAACAGAUUUGAGGGCAUUCCACAACAGCAAAGUUCUAGUCUCAACACCACAAAGCCCACACUUGGUCCACGGGUCCUUCCCAAGCUACCUCAGAAGGUUGCCCUGCGUAAGAUUGACACCAUCCAUCACCCAUUCGUGGAUAAAACAAACCAGCCUCCUGAGCCAAUCAUGUUCCAGAAGACACUGCAGAGCUCUGACACUCCACAGAAAUUUCCGUUAGCUGACAAACCUCAACCUUGGGACAUGCCUCCUAAACCACAGCCUUCAGAAUUACCCCCUAAACCAGGAGAGCUCCCUCCUAAACCUCAGCUGUCUGACCUUCCCCCUAAACCUCAGCUGGGUGAUCUACCCCCUAAACCUCAGCUGAAAGACCUACCGCCCAAGCCCCAACUGACUGACAUUUCCCCAUCCAGACCAACUGAGCUUCUCCACAAGCCUCCGUCUGGAGAAGUUGCCCCCAAGCCCCAGCUAUCAGAUAGUCCAACAGUCAUUCAACAAGGAGAACUGCCACCUCAGCCUGUCCAAUCUAGUGAAGACACCAACGGAAGUCCAACAUCAGCACAGGAGACACCUGUACCGUUGCCCAGGAAAAUAAAUCCUAUCAAGAGUAAAAUGCGAAGGGUGAAGACCAUCUAUGAUUGCCAGGCAGAUAACGAUGAUGAGCUCACGUUUGUUGAGGGUGAGAUAAUCGUGGUAACGGGAGAAGAAGAUCAGGAGUGGUGGAUCGGGCACAUCGAGGGGCAACCAGAGAGAAAAGGCGUAUUCCCGAUGUCUUUCGUUCAUAUCUUGUCUGAUUGACACACAGAUGUCUCCACUUCACUUCCUGUACAGCGUAAAAUCUCUGGCUAUGGAACACACAUGACUUAGCUGCUGAAUCAACAAUGCAAGCACAAUGAAUAAAAACACAUCACCUUACCAUUAUAGACAUACAAUAAAUAAACAGUGUCUAACUUUACCACUGUUACCCUUGCCGUUUUAUUCAGUGCACCAUACUGCGGUUAGACUGCCCCCACAUAAAGACCAGCACUUUCCCACCUCUGUUACUGUAUCUUUGUGCGAGAGUGUUACACAAGGAUGUUUUAUUUUUGUGUGUAAAUGUAGAAACUUGUGUUAGUGUGUGAACUUGUACUCUACCUGCCACUACGUUACGGUUGGGGCCAGUUUUGCUUAAAUAGUUUGAAGUAUUAAUGUGGCCAUUGUUGAAAUCUAUGGCAGGGACAGAUAUGUAGACUUUUUCCAGGUGGAAUAACUGGAUUUAUAGUUUUCCUGAACAUCAGGAGUUCUCAGUUGUGUUUUUACCUUCACAUUUCCUAAUACACCACUAAAGCAUGUCCAGGAGUGAAAUAUGGUGUUAAUUUAAUGUGUUCUCCAUCUUUCAUUCUUACUAUUUUGUGUAAAAUAAUUAACCUGUGCAAUGCAUACACCAUUACCUGUGGUCAAAUGAUGUGAUCCCAUAAUCAGUGUUUGUUUCACCUACGCAAGUAUUUUUAUUGCAGUCUCAUCUGUGAAGGACAGUGCGUUGCAAAUCAGUGGUGUUCCGUAAACACAAUGGUCACCUUUUGGUUCCAUAUCUUUACUAUUGUGACAAGCAUUUGAAGGUUUGAGAGUUCUUGGAUACUUGAAAUAUUAUUUCUGCAGUUGCUUUUAUAAAUGUUAUAUUUUCAGAUGAUAAGAAUGCAAUUAGAAUGAAUGCUAUUUUAAUCUAUGAUAUCCCUAUGCUGCCAGUAACCCAUGUUUUUAGAAUCAAGAACGGUUUUACCAUGCUGUCACAACAUGUAAACCUCCAAUCAUAGAAUUACAGCCACUAUAGUACCCAGUAUGACAUUUGAAUCACUCUUGCAAUUUAUAUUCACCAGAAGACAAUCUGUGAGAUUGUCAGAAAUUAAGGGCAAUAAAAAAUAAAAAAAAAUCAGUUUAGGAAAGGUGUCCAUUUUAAAUGUCAAAAAAAAAAAAAAAAAAAAAGUACCUUCCCAGUUAAUAUUUUAGCCUCUUUGGAAAGUGAUGUCACAUGGUCACCAUUUUUUGGCACACCCAGUUUUCAGACAUGGUAGCAUUUUGAUAGACUUGGAUAUUCUACACACAUUUACUGUUGACUGCAGCUUCUGAGGACGGUGUCCACUGUCUAGACAUGUUCCUCACUUACCAUUCCAUUUUAUCAAUAAAAAGAUGUUAAACAGCUCAA